AAUAUUUUGACGUUCCAUCGAGUACGUGGCCCCCUGAACGAUACAUUCGGCGCGGUAGGGAACUUUGUCGUAAUAAGGUUUUUAUAAACUUUCUAGUGCCGUACUAAUUAUAGCGUGUAGUAUAAAUCAAACAGAAAUAUGUUUCGAAUAAAAUUCCUUUGGAUUGGUAUCGCCCUGCUGAGUCUGCUGCGAGAUGCCAGCGGUUUUGUGGUAACUAUCGACGCUCAUGCGGAAGAAUGUUUUUUCGAACGGGUGGAAGCUGGCAGCAAAAUGAGUGUCACGUUUGAAGUUAUCGAAGGCGGCUUCCUUGAUAUCGACGUCAAGAUCACCGGUCCCACGUCGAACGUUAUCUACUCGGGCGAAAGGGAGUCCUCCGGCAAAUACACGUUUGCCGCUCACACGUCUGGUCUGCACACAGUUUGCUUCGGCAACCAAAUGUCUUCCGUGGUGCCGAAAGUGGUGAUGUUCUCGAUAGAUGUUGGCGAUGCACCACAAGGAACACCGGGCGCACCGGCGGAGGAGGAGGCGGGACACACGAAGCUCGAGGACAUGAUCAGGGAGCUGUCGGCACAAUUGACUGGAGUUAAACAUGAACAGGAAUAUAUGCACGUCCGCGAUAAAAUCCAUCGUUCGAUAAACGACAGUACAAAUUCACGUGUAGUUUUGUGGUCCACAUUUGAAGCUUUAGUUUUGGUUGUUAUGACUAUUGGUCAAGUGUAUUAUCUCAAGCGUUUCUUUGAAGUACGACGUGUAGUUUAAAAGAGAAAUAAUAUUUAGUAGACAUAAACAAAUGAAGAAAACAUAAAUUGUAAAAAAGGAAAUCAUGAAUAAGCGAUGUUUUCUUUAUUAUCCGAA